AUGGCCAUGAGUUAUUCCAACCUCAUUCUGAUACUUGUUCUCGCCUUGGCGAGCACCAAGAUGGCGCUUGCAGGCGAUCCGGACAUUCUUUCGGACUUCAUUCCACCGGCAAAUAACACCUUUGUUGACGGAAAAUUCUUUACCUUCUCGGGAUUUCGUUCUCUAAUGAAUCAAAUCCCACAAAACUUCACCGUAACGAAAGCUAGUAUGAUUGAAUUCCCAGCGGUUAAUGGGCAAAGUGUGUCGUAUGCGCUACUUCGAUAUCCACCCAGCGGUCUGAACCCACCGCACACGCACCCUCGCGCUGCGGAGCUGUUGUUCCUCGUUAGUGGCUGUUUACAAGUAGGGUUUGUUGAUACUAAGAACGUUCUUUAUAACCAAACUCUUUUUGGUGGGGAUAUGUUCAUUUUUCCGAAGGGACUUGUUCAUUUUCAAUUUAAUCCUGAUACUCAGCUAGCAGCGACCGCAAUUUCAGCAUUCGGAAGUGCAAGUGCCGGAACAGUUUCUGUGCCUAUGUCUGUGUUUGGUUCGGGAAUUGACGAUGGAAUUCUUGCCAAGGCAUUUAAAACUGAUGAAUAUACUAUUCAGAAGAUCAAGGCUGGCUUUCCCAAACCUUGA